GCUGCACGUUGCAGCCGCAGCAGCCAGUAGCAGCAAUACAGAGACAUAUGCGGGAUUAUAGAGCUAAACCCGGCCAGCAGCCACAGAGAAGAUUGCAAUUGCGUCUGAGGCUUUUAUUUAAUGCACCGCACCCAAGAAGAAGCCAGGAUUGCGUUCCCGUUUCGGAAUUAUUCUUUAUUACUGUGCCAGAGGCCCCUUGAAUUGAAUGUAAUGUGAACAUCUACAGCAAUGUGGUUGUUUUCCUGCAGAUGAGCUGCUGUUUUGUCCUCUCCCCCCUCCUAUUCUCCUUUCAUCAUAAUUCAACAUCAUCUUCAAUUCACUGGACUCUCCUAGACCUGUAUAUGAAGACGGAGUGGGGACCGUAAUGACCGCACGCUUCCGGUUGCCUGCUGGCAGAUCUUACGAUGUGGGAGCGUUGGAGGAGGCCAGAGAGAGACAGCACGCGCAGGUGGUGUGUAACGUUUUACUGCUGGACAACACAGUACAGACCUUCAGAGUCAAUAAGCAAGAUCAGGGGCGGAUCUUGUUGGACGUAGUGUAUAAACACUUGGAGCUAACGGAGCGAGACUACUUUGGCCUUCAGCUAGCAGACGACUCUUCUGACACCCAGAGGUGGCUGGACCCAAACAAACCUGUUAGGAAACAGCUCAAAAGACCGGCUUCACAUAAUCUGAGGUUUAGAGUGAAAUUUUUCGUGAGUGACCCUAGUAAACUACAGGAAGAGUACACGAGAUAUUUGUACUUUUUGCAACUAAAACAGGAUAUUUUGAGCGGCAGACUUCCUUGCCCACAAAAUACAGCAGUUCUUCUAGCUUCUUAUGCUGUUCAAGCUGAGCUGGGGGACUACAGUCACUCCGAACAUUUGCCUGGGUACCUCUCCGAGUACAGCUUCAUUCCCAACCCACCGCAGGACUUUGAGAAAGAGGUCGCCAAACUGCACCAAGAGCACAAUGGACUCACACCAGCUCAGUCCGAGUUUAACUACUUGAAUGCUGCACGGAUGCUGGAGCUGUACGGCGUGGAAUUGCACUAUGCUCGGGACCACUGUAACACAGAGAUUUACAUCGGAGUUUUGUCUGCCGGCAUCUCCGUCUAUAAGGACAGGGUACGAGUCAACCACUUUCCAUGGUUGAAAAUUGUAAAAAUAUCUUUUAAAUCUAAACAGUUUUUUAUACAACUAAGAAAAGAACUGACUGAGAACAGAGAGUCUUUACUGGGUUUCAACAUGAUGAACUACAGAGCUUGUAAGAACUUAUGGAAAGCCUGCGUGGAGCAUCACACGUUUUUCAGACUGGAGCGGCCCGUUCCUCCGGAGAGAAACCUCUUCCUGCAGUACUUCACCCUCGGAUCCAAGUUUCGCUACUGUGGGAGGACAGAGGCGCAGUCUGUACAGUACGGAGAAAGAGGCAACAAGAACAGAGUUUUUGCAAGGUCACCGAGCAAGCCACUGGUCAGGAGACUGAUGAGCGGUUUGGACUGGGAGACUGUCAGCAGGAAUUCCCUCUCGGAUGACCGGCUGGAGACUCAGAGUCUGCCGAAUCGUUCUCCACCAGACUCGCCCGAUCACAGUAACUCGGUGUUUACCACAGACGGGGCGCGGGUCAGGCCGUCCUCCAUUGGUCAUCUGGUCGAUCACGUGAUUGAUGACUCGCCAUGCCAGACGUUCACCAAUCACAAGUCUGCAUCCUCCACGCAGGCCAACAGCAUCAGCCUGGACUCGACACCGUCUCCUGAUGUGACGACAGACGAGCAGCCGCCGGCUCUGCCCCCAAAACAGUCCAGAAAAGACCCCCUGACCCACAAUGGCAGGUCCCAGUCUCAGCACGAGCUGGAUGAGCACCUCAGCGAACUAUACAACGUACCUGUGGCAUCAGGAAAGAGCAUGAAUGGAGCCGUGCCUCAUGACAAUCUUGUUUUGAUUAAAAUGAGGCCGGAUGAAAACGGGAGAUUUGGAUUUAACGUUAAGGGUGGCGCUGAUCAGAGGAUGCCCAUCAUAGUAUCUCGUGUGGCUCCAGGAACUCCAGCUGAUAUGUGUAUGCCGCGCCUCAACGAGGGCGACCAAGUGGUGCUGAUUAACGGUCGUGAUAUCUCAGAGCACACUCACGAUGACGUGGUUAUGCUAAUUAAGGCCAGCUGUGAGGACCAAUCAGGAGAGCUCAUCCUGCUCGUCAGGCCCAAUGCCAUCUAUGACGUGGACGAGGAGCAGGAGAAGUUGGAUCUGGAGCCGGAUUUCCAGUAUAUUCCAGAGAUGGCCGGUCUGGAGCAGAUCCACUCAGAGGCCGAAAGUUUGAGAUCCUCCAUACAGCUGCUGAGAGAUGGGCUCUCCAGCGGUACCGUACUUGCGCAGUUUGAUCAACUAUACAGGAAGCGUCCUGGGAUGUCCAUGUCAUGCGCCAGAUUGCCGCAGAACGUCUCCAAAAACCGCUACCGGGACAUUUCACCAUAUGACACCACUCGAGUUGUGUUGAAGGGGACAGAUGACUAUAUCAAUGCAAAUUUCAUUAAUAUGGAGAUCCCGGGUAAAGGUGAAGUAAAGCGGUAUAUCGCCUGUCAAGGGCCUCUUCCUGGUACCUGCUCUGACUUCUGGCAGAUGGUGUGGGAACAGAGCGCCGCCCUAGUGGUCAUGCUCACAACACAAGUUGAACGUGGCAGGGUGAAAUGUCAUCAGUACUGGCCUAACGUUUCGGCAAGUGGCACCUACGGAGGCUUUCAGGUUGCUUGUGUGUCGGAAGAAGGAAACUCGGCGUACCUGCUCCGAGAUCUGACGCUUACACACCUGGAGAGUAAAGAAGAAAGGCAGAUUUGUCAGAUGCAGUACUUGGCGUGGCCCGAUCACGGCGUUCCAGAUGAUUCGUCUGACUUCCUAAACUUUGUCAGUCAAGUACGCAGCAAAAGAGCCGACACACCAGAACCUGUGGUGGUUCAUUGCAGUGCUGGGAUUGGUCGCACCGGGGUGCUUAUCACCAUGGAGACAGCGAUGUGUUUGAUAGAAAGCGGUCAGUCGGUGUAUCCCUUAGACAUCGUCAGAACCAUGAGAGACCAGCGUGCCAUGAUGAUCCAGACUCCUAGCCAGUACCGUUUCGUCUGCGAAGACAAUGCCGAAAAAUAA